GUAUGUUUGAUUUAUUAUAUCCGAAAUCAUAUUAUAAAAAUUGACUUAAAUGAUUUGAUUUAAUUUUUAGGAGCGAACGCGAUGGUCUUGAAGUUGUUAGAAAUCCAAAGAGGCCUAUCGGCGCUUGGAUACAUUACUAUAACGAUCAAUUAGCCAUGAUGAAAGAGAAGGAUAAAGGAGUGAAGAUAAAUGAUGAUUUGAGGAAAAAAUUGGGCAAGAAGUGGAAUGCCCUUUCAAAAGUAGAAAAAGAAAAUUUCAUGGCAAAGUCCAAAGAAAGUUCAAAACAAUAUUCACUUCAAAAGGGUGUGGUUCCAAAGUUAUAUCUUCAAACUCGAUGCUCCCCCGAGCGAGUGAUUAGAGUGAUUGAAAAAUUAGAACCAAAGCAAAAGGUAGCCAUAGAAGAAAUAGGAUUUGGUAGCCUCUUGCAACUUCGAUGUAGGAAAAUUGAUCAUGGGUUAUGUCUUUGGUUGAUAAAUAGUUUUAAUCCGAACACUUAUAUGUUACAGUUGUAUAAUACUUGUAUCAAAUUAUCCCCCAUUGAUGUUGAAUUUAUUAUGGGAUUGAGGGCAAGAGGGUUCAAGAUUGGCAUGAACAAAGAUGUUGGCCAUAAAAAUGAUUUAUGUAAAAAAUAUUGUGAUAAAAAAGGGCGAUUGCCAUUAGUGAUGUUAGAAAAUCAAAUUAGGGAGGAUAAAGAGGGUGGAAACGAUUUUAAAGUUCGUUUUGUAUUAUUUGUGUUGGGUGCAUUAUUGUGCCCAACAAUGAAGCUUUUUGUGAAUCGUUCUUUCUUACAUCUUGUGGAAGACAUCGAUUCAAUAAAGAAGAUGAAUUGGGCAGAAUUUGUGUUGUCCUAUCUUGUGCACGGGAUUGAAGAGUUUAAGAAGAAACAACAAAGUGGGGUUUGCGGUUGCUUAUUGUUUUUAAUGUUAUUCUACCACGAGCAUAUAUCGUUUGAAGAGAAAUUUCUACCGCUAUAUACUCGACCUUCUCCUCGGAUUAUUGCUUGGGGAGAUGAUGAAGUAUUGGACAGGAAACGAAGAUUGAAAAACUUGGUGGAUAUGCAAAUGAGAAUCUCAAAAUAUGGGUGAUAGAAAAUGAGAUAAGGGAUUGCGUUGAUGGAAAUGCAACGACAAUGGCGAGUGAGAAUGAGGACGAUGAGAAAUUUGUAAUCAACCUAAACAAAGAUGUUAUUAAACGAGUAAGUGUUUUACAAUAUUCAUCGUGACUAUCUAUAUUAUCAUUGAACCUUUGUAUUAUGAUGUUAUUAAUCACGUUCGUAUAUAUCACUAGGUUGAUGGUGGGAACUUAAUGGAGAUGGAUAAAACCUUUAAACAAUUAAAGACACAUCUAAUUGAUAUGGCUUGUGGUGCAAGUAGUAGUAGUUGUGAUCAAAUUUUGGCUAAAUUUGAGGAGAAUUAUACUACAGUGAAAGGUCUCUUCCUUAGGUCAAGCGGAAAACCUUUGAGAAUGCACGAGGAAGAAACGAAAAAUGACAUGCUCUCAUGCGAGAGAAGUUUGGAAGAUACGAACAAUAUGAAUGUGAAUGAACAUUAUCUUCACACUUUGUCAAAUGAGAAGUUAUGCACUGAGGACUUGAAUGAAAAGAAUGAAGAUGCAUGUGCUACAUCAAUUGAAGUGCAUAUCAUUCCAGACAAAAAUCAAAAUAUUUUACCACUUUCAAUCA